AUGGGGAUGGCUUUCACCUUCCCCACGCCUUCCAGAGACUUCAGAGAGGUGGAGCUCCCCUGCCGCCUGUGGAUGCUCUCCAGCUGCCGCUCCGGCACCACCGGCAACCCCGUUUUGCCCACCGUUCUUUGGGCUCGCUCAAGUUCCAGAGGGCGGCGUCCCGGAGAGGCCACUGGCGUGGAGACACUCGCACUUCGACCUCUCUACCCUCUCCCGGCCGCAUUAUCCCCCAAGUCCGGGUGUCUGUGCCCCGGACCCCUCCCGCCCCUCUCCCCCCCGCCGCCCGCGGCCUGGGUCUUACCGUGUGGGCUGCGGUGGCAGCGUUGCUGGCCCGGAGCGGCGGCAGGGCGAUGGGGGAGGGCGGGCCGGUCCCCACUCCGCUCCGGGGAGCCCCCGCACCGAGCCCCGGGGAAGCCUGAAGCUGGCGAACGGCGCUGUCCCCUCCUCGGCCUGGCAGCCACGCGCGGGAGGAGACAAAAGAGGGUCAAGGGGGAGAAAGUCACCCGGACCCGGUGGCCCCGCCCCACCCCUCCAGGCUGCCGAGCCCGCUCUCCCCGGGGCAGAGCCGGGGACCGUGAACGCGGGCGUCCCGGAGCGGCAGGAGGCCGGGGACGCAGACACCCGGCACUCCCGCGGGGCGGGGCUCAGGUGGCUGCAAAGUUAAGUCGGGCCCCUGGCGCGCAAGCGAGUUCGCGACCCGUUGGUGGAGCCGGGCCGGGCGCGGGCCGGCGGCUCACGUUGCGGGAGGCCGCAGGCCUGGAGUUGGGCUGGAAUGCCGACCCGGGCGCCGCCGCCUCGCCAAGUCCCGGGCGGGGGAGGCCCGGGACGGCCCCCGGCCGGCUCGGAGGAGCCUCGGAGCUCGCGUGUAACAAUGAGCGGAGCCGAGGCGAGGGCGCGCCGUCCGCCCGGGGGACCCCGCGCCGCCCCGCCGCGGCGCAGACUUUGUUCGAGGUCCCGCUGGUAGCGGGAGCCCGCGCCACGAGGGCUGGCCCGGGGGCCGCGGGGCUGCGCGCCCGGGGCGGCGCGGGGCCCGGGCCUCCUUACCGGUCGGGUAGGCGGCGGGAGCGGCGGCCGAAGGUUUCCUGGUUAACAUGGCCGCUGGAGAGGAAAAUGCAUCUCAGGGCUGCCGUCUCCGUCUCCGUCUCCGCCGCCGCCGCCGCCGCCCGUCCUGCUGCUACUUCUCGCGGCCGCCACCGCCGCGCCUCCUGGUCGCCCCUCUCGCGGAUCUCCGGCGCCUCCUCGCCGCCUCCCGUCAGCUACAGCCAGACACACACAGUCCGCUGCAUCCCCUCGGCCCGGGCCCGCCGCCGCGAGCCCCCCGCUCUCCUCGCCGCCGCCGCCGUCCUCCUCUUCCUCGGGCGGCCGCAGCACCCUCCGGCCCGUGCACAUGCCUCGCCCUCCCCGGCGCGCCGCGGGCCUCCCCGAUUCCCUCACAUAGGGCGCGGGGGAGCUGGCUGCGCCGCCUCGGCCGACUGGUUCGGGAGCCUCCUCCCGGGCCCGCGCACGCGCGCCCCCGCGCACACUCGCCAGGCGCCCGCGCACCGCGCGGCCGGGAAGGGCAGCCCCGCCCCCGCUCCCUCUGCCGCCGGGCAGGCCCCGCCCCCGGACUCCCCACCCCACCCCAGGCCGGGCCACAGACUCCCGCGCACACCCUCCCCGACCCAGCCGCCCACCGGAGUCCCUCCCACCCACUCCUCCUCCCCAGCACGCACCCCAGUCGUCGGCAUAGCCACCCCUCCACUCCCCCGAAAACUCUGCAGCCUCCGCUCGCCCUUGGCCUCCCCCUCCGGCCUUCUGCACGGUUCCCCCUGCUAACGGCCUUCUCCCCUCCCCGGCCUCGCCCGCCCCUGCAGCACCCCACCCCUUCCCUGCAGCGCAACCUACCAUUGCUUCCCUCCCACCGAAAUCGCUGCAGAGACCCCCCUCCCCUUCCGAGCGCACCCCCAACCAUAUAUGCAUUUUCAGCUUUCCGAACCUGAUGGCUGCUCACAGACAAUACUGCCCCCCCACCGCCUUCCGGGUCCCAGUGGCUUAAGCACCUCCUCUCCCAAAUUGAUCAGACUGAAGAACUACUGCCCAUCUCACACCCGCGUCCUGUCGUCUGUGGCACAUGCCUUUGUCCAAAGGUCACAGGUUUUGUGACUUCAACGGGAGUGGGGCGGGGGGAAGCCCGGCAAUUCCGGAUGACAGAACCGAAAGUUUGCCUUGCACUUUCUUCUCCAGACGUGCCUGGUUUCUGAAGUUCUCCUGCGAACCUGGGUCCGUUAUGAUCUGUCCUGUGUAUCUGCCGCCCCUGGCUGGACCAAGUGUGCAGGCCUGAGCUAGUGCAGACUCAAAUCAGAAUGGGGACCGUCGCCUCUACUGUUUGCAAAUUGUCAUAGCAACCUCGCAGCAAGAUCACCUUCAGCUAAAUACAAAUGCCCCAAAAUGAGUGUUUCUGAGUUACAGUGUGGCCCUCUCAAGAGUCUCCAGGGCUCCUACGGGGGCAUCAAGGACUGAGGGUGUUGGCAGAGGAAACAGGUGGCAAAGAGUAGAACUGUGCAUAGUAAUAUGUCCCUCUAAAAAAUCCUCUUGGUGCCUUCUCCCAAUACAGUAGAAACAGUGAGACAAUCAAUCCAAUAAUAAACCUUUACAAAGAAGAGUGAUGACCUGAUCUGGUCCCAGCAAGAGAUAUUCCCCCUUGCUUGUCAUCAGAGACGAUCACAUUCAAAUUCACGUGGGGAAACAUAUUCAGGGUUCAGAAUUAACUAAAAGAAAAGGGAUUACUUAGCAGCAGAGUUGAAGCUAGAACUCAUUUUCUGACUCAGUUUAAUCUCACUCUGCUCUGUGUUACCUUGGCUUUUAAGAAACAUCACACCUCUUUUCCUUCCUUCCUUUUCAAACAAUUAUUUUCAUACUGUCUUCCUUUUCUUAAUGAGUGUUCCAUACAACUGAUGUUUAGAUGAAAAAUGUGAAGCCAAAAAUUCAAUUUUAAUAUAACGGGACCCAGCUUUCGCUCAAAUUAUUCUUACAUUACUUCAACAGAAGCGAAAUACUCUCCUGCUUUUUCAUGAAUAAGAAAAAUGCUAACUACUGGAAGUCAUAGUUUGUGAAAUCCAAAUUAGAAAUAUUAAUUUCCACAUUAAAUAUGAGGAAAAGGAACACUGACUUUUUUGUAAACAAAGGGACACAAUGAAUCAUUAACUUUAACCAAAGAAAAACUGCUUGUUUAGAGAACUUUUCCUAAUAUGUUGUUUUAUGACACGAUAAGUACAAUUUCAAUUUUUUAUCUUUUGGUUUCUUACCUUGAGGAAAAUUUGCAUUUAGUCUAAUAUCUUUAGCUAUUUUAAUUAUAAAUGGUACACCUUUCAAAAUUAUAUUCUUGCUGACCUCUAAAUUAGUAUUUACAAUUGCUCGGAUUUCUCUCAUUUUAUUAAAUAUUGAUGGCCUCAACCUGUAUUAAUGUCAAAUAGAAAAAUGUACAAAUGCACUCCCUGAACUUUCAAGGAGAAUAAACUGGGUGAAUUCUAGUAGCUAUUACCCUCAAACUCUAUUAUUCUAAUGCAUCAUUAUCAAUUAUACUACAUUAAUCUCUGUAUAAAACCCUUUCACUAAUACUAUCAUGUUUAAUCGUCAUGACUCAUAACCAGAUCAGAGUUGUGUUGCUGUUAACAGUAACCUCAGGGGGCUCCAUUCAGUUAGUAAGAGUCUGGUCUUUGGUUCUUGCCCAUUGUAAAAACUCCAUCUGUUCUGAAUAUUUAUAAAAUCCAGCUUCAAAUGACAAGUAGGCAGGAUGUAGCAGGAUGAGAAAGAAAGAAACUUUGGGGAAUUCAGAAUGGAGUCUUGUGGAAGGAAGUCGAUUCUUCACUGAGAAAAGUACUGAUCACAGAGAAAAUUGGAAAUGAACAAGAAAAUUGCUGGUUUCAAAACAUAUUCACUCAUUUAAUCUCUUUAUCCCAGGAACAUUUACAAAGAAUUCAGUGUGUGCUGGGCCUAGGGGAGAGGAUGAAUCAUCAGAUGUCGUGGGUGAGGCUUCAG